ACUCCACGAAAUGAAACGGGGACGCUUAUGGCUGCAUCUCGUGCUGCUUGGGGCCUCCCUGCCAGCUGCGCUGGGAUGGAUGGACCCAGGACCCAGCAGAGGCCUGAACAUGGGUGUGGGUAACCCACAGAUGGAGGAGUCCAGAAGCUUUGAAGUCGCAAGAAGAGAAGGACUUUCUGAUGGGCUGCCAGCCUCCUGUGGGAAGAAGUUCUGCAGCCGCGGGAGCAGAUGCAUGCUCAGCAGAGAGACCGGGGAGCCUGAAUGCCGGUGCCUGGAGGCAUGCAGGCCCAGCUACAUGCCCGUGUGUGGCUCCGAUGGGAGGUUUUAUGAGAAUCACUGUGAACUCCACCGAGCCGCCUGCCUGCUGGAGAGGAAUAUUGUCAUUGUCCACAGCAAGGACUGUUUCCUUAAAGAUGACCCAUGCACCAUGGCUGACUAUGGCCGCCUGAAGAAUGUCCUUCUGGCGCUCCAGGCCCACCGGCGGCCACUCCCGGACAGGGACAGCAGACAGGAUCCUGCCUCCCAGAAGCGCCUGCUGGUGGAAUCUCUGUUCACGGACUUGGAUGCCGACGGGGACAGCCGUCUCAGCAGCUCUGAGCUGGCGCAGCAGGUGCUGAAGGAGCAGGAUCUGGCAGAUGACUUCCUGGGGUGCUCACCCGGCGACCUCCUCCGAUUUGAUGACUACAACAGUGAUGGCUCCCUGACCCUCCGUGAGCUCUACACAGCCUUCCAGGUGGUUCAGCUCAGCCUCGCACCCGAGGAGAGGGUCAGCGUGGCCACAGUGACUGUGGGGCUGAGUACCGUGCUGACCUGCGCUAUCCGUGGAGAGCUGCGGCCCCCCAUCGUCUGGAAGCGCAACGGGCUUGCCCUCAACUUCAUGGCCUUGGAAGACAUCAAUGACUUCGGAGAGGACAACUCCCUCUACAUCACCAAGGUGACCACCGUCCACAUGGGCAACUACACGUGCCACGCCUCCGGCCACGAGGAGCUCUUCCAGACCCACGUCCUGCAGGUGAAUGUGCCACCAGUCAUCCGCGUGUAUCCAGAGACCCAGGCACAGGAGCCCGGGGUGGCAGCCAGUCUGAGGUGUCACGCAGAGGGCAUUCCUAUGCCUAGAAUCACUUGGCUGAAAAAUGGCAUGGAUGUCUCAACCCAGAUGUCGAAACAGCUUUCCCUAUUAGCCAAUGGGAGUGAACUGCACAUCGGCAGUGUUCGGUAUGAAGACACAGGGGCGUAUACCUGCAUCGCCAGAAACGAAGUGGGCGUGGACGAGGAUAUCUCCUCACUUUUCAUUGAAGACUCAGCUAGAAAGACCCUUGCAAACAUUCUGUGGCGAGAGGAAGGCCUCAGUGUGGGGAACAUGUUCUAUGUCUUCUCUGACGAUGGCAUCAUCAUCCUGCACCCCGUGGACUGUGAGAUCCAGAGGCACCUCCGACCCACCGAGAAGAUCUUCAUGAGCUUUGAAGAAAUCUGUCCCCAAGGGGAAGGAAAUGCCACCCAGCCAUGCCAGUGGGCCUCAGCCGUGAACGUCCGGCACCGGUACAUCUACGUGGCCCAGCCAGCACUGAACAGAGUCCUUGUGGUUGACGUGCAAGCCCAGAAAGUCCUACAGUCCAUAGGUGUGGACCCUCUGCCAGCUAAGCUGACCUAUGACAAGUCUCAUGACCAAGUGUGGGUCCUGAGCUGGGGGGAUGUGCACAAAUCCCAACCGAGCCUCCAGGUGAUCACAGAAGCCAGCACUGCCCAGGGCCAGCACCUUAUCCACACACCGUUCUCAGGAGUGGACGAUUUCUUCAUUCCCCAGACAAACCUCAUCAUCAACCACGUCAGGUUCGGCUUCAUCUUCAACAAGUCCGACGCCGCCAUCCACAAAGUCGAUCUGGAAACACUGGUGCUGCUCAAAACCGUCAGCCUGCGGCGGCACGGCUGCACACCCCAGGCCAUGGCCCACACGCACCUGGGCGGCUACUUCUUCGUGCAGUGCCGACAGGACAGCCCCGCGCCCGCCGCCCCCCAGCUGCUGCUCGACAGCGUCACAGACUCGGUGGUCGGCCCCAAUGGUGACGUGAGCGGCACGCCACACGUGUCCCCCGACGGGCGCUUCGUUGUCAGUGCUGCCCCCACCAGCUCCCAGCUGCACGUGCAGGAGAUCACGCUGCAGGGCCGGAUCCGGACCCUCUACAGCUUGAAAAUCAGCCCUGGCGUCUCAGACGUGGCCUUCCAGCCCUCCUUCACCCAGGGCAACCAGUACUACGUGUAUGCCGCAGCGGAGACGGAGCCGGCCCUGCUCUUCCUGGAGCUGUCCACAGGGAAGAUGGGCAUGCUGGAGAACCUAAAGGAGCCGCCUGCGGGGCCGGGCGGGCCGUGGGGAGGGCCCCGCAGGAUCGUGAGGGACAGCGGGCUCUUCGGACAGUACCUGCUCACACCGGCCCAGGAGUCGCUGUUCCUCAUCAAUGGGAGACAAAACGCACUGCGUUGUGAGGUGGCGGGCAUCAGGCGGGGGACCACAGCCGUGUGGGUGGGUGAGGUAUGA